AUGGUUGAGACCGGUAAAAGAAAUCGUCCACAGAGAGACCGUGGGGACCGUAACGGAGACAACAAAAAUCAAAAGAGGCGUGUGAAUGACAAAGAUGAAAGAGACAGGGGCGAAUUGGUUGUGUAUAGGAUACUUUGUCCAGAUGGAGUUAUUGGGAGUGUUAUUGGUAAGAAUGGAAAAGUUAUAAAUUCAAUAAGGCAAGAGAGCAGGGCAAAAGUUAAGGUUGUGGAUCCGUUUCCUGGUGCAAAGAAUCGAGUUAUAACUAUCUAUUGUCAUGUUAAGGAUAAGGAAGAAAUUGAUGCUGAAGAUGAAUUUGACAAUGAUAAGCCUUUAUGUGCUGCCCAAGAUGCUCUUAUCAAGGUUCAUUCUGCCAUUUCAAAUGCCACGGAAGCUGCUGGUGAUUCUGAGAAGAAACGGAAGAGUAAAGAGGAAUGUCAAAUUCUGGUUCCGUCAAGCCAGUCUGCCAUUAUGAUUGGCAAAGCUGGGGCCACCAUUAAACGAAUGAGAGUUAAGACGAGGACAAAUAUCAAGGUUAUUUCAAAGGAUGCAGCUGACCCUGAGCACUCGUGUGCUCUUGACUUUGACAAUUUUGUGGUGAUUACAGGUGAACCGGAAGCUGUAAAAAGAGCAUUAUUUGCAGUUUCAACUAUUAUGUACAAAUUCUCCCCCAAAGAGGACAUUCCUCUUGACACAUCUUUACCAGAAACACCUCAUAGCAUUAUCAUUCCUUCUGAAGUUCCUAUUUACCCUCCCGGUGGACUAUAUCCAGCUUCAGAUCCUAUUAUUCAACCUAGAUCUUUUCCUCAAAUUAUUGGUGCUACAACUGUGCAAGAUCUGCAUGGUUAUGCAGAUACAGGAAAUGCAUGGUCUCUGUACUCAUCUUCCCUUCCAGUAGUUUCCAGUCUAGGUGCUUCUCAAUCUGAAGAGUUAAUUAUUAGAAUACUGUGCCCCUCUGGAAAAAUUGGACAUGUAAUUGGGAAGGGAGGGGGUACUAUUAAACGUAUGAGGCAAACCAGUGGUGCUCGUAUUGAGGUUGAUGAUUCCAAGGCUCGUCAUGAUGAUUGCUUAAUCACUAUAACUGCAACAGAGUCUUCAAGUGAUCUGAAGUCCAUAGCUGUUGAAGCUGUUCUACUGCUGCAAGAAAAGAUAAAUGAUGAAGAUGAUACCCCGGUUUCAAUCCGGCUCCUAGUUCCAUCUAAAGUGAUAGGGUGUAUUAUAGGGAGAAGUGGUUCAAUCAUAAAUGAAAUUCGGAAGCGAACUAAGGCUGAUAUUCAAAUCUCAAGAAGUAAUAAGCCCAAAUAUGCAGAUGACAAUGAUGAACUUGUUGAGGUGGUAGGUGAAGUUGAUUGUGUGAGAGAUGCUCUAAUUCAGAUAGUCUUGAGACUAAGGGAGGAUGUAUUGAGAAAAAGGGACAUUGACCAAAAACCUCCCAUAGGUGCCGAAUCUUUGUACACAGGCAGUUCUGUUCUUUCAGCACCAUCUAUGCUGCCUUCAGUUCCUGCUGCUGCACUAGCUUAUGAUCAGAGGACUGGAAGUGCAACUGCAACUGGAUUGGGCAUGCACUCUUCUAGCAGUCGUUAUGGAUAUGAUUCUUACUCGAUGCCAGACAAUGGUUAUGGAUCUAUGUCUUCAUAUGCCACCAAGAUGUAUGAAGGACACAAUUUGCCUCCCCUGUCAACAUCGGAGAUGUUGGUUCCUGCUAAUGCUGUUGGCAAGGUGAUGGGUAAAGGUGGGGCAAAUCUAGCCAAUAUCAGGAAGAUUUCAGGAGCAACAGUAGAGAUUUCUGAGUCCAAAUCUUACCGGGGUGAACGGGUUGCUCUUAUUUCUGGCACAUCUGAAGAAAAGCGCGCAGCUGAAAACUUGAUCCAGGCUUUUAUAAUGGCCACAUAA